UUUAUUCCGCCCGCCCCUCUUUAUCUAAGCCACCUGGGUUUUACUUAAUUUUGCUCACUUUUAAGUUUUAUUUGUGUAUUGGCAUUGCCCAAUUUUUUGCCGUUAGAUUCCUGUUUUUAAGGCGAAUAAGUCCUUGAGAUUUGCUGUAGCUGACAAACAAAAUGGUCCUAUCUUCAUAAUUUUGUAAGUUGUGAUGAAACAGAAGUGGACUAAUUUUGGUGGACGGAUCAAAAUGGCAAAAGGGACUAUUUUUUGGUGUCAAAAUGGGAACUGUUGUAGGUUUGGCCUAAGUUGUGUAAAAAAUGAGCUUAAUUUAGUGAGGCAGUUGAGAUUUUUGUUGAUUUGUCAGCUGUGAACAUGUUAUUCAAAAUCUUGGUUUUUUGUUUUUGUGUGUGAAGGAUGGAUUAGUUCAGGCAGAGAUCCUUUUUUCUUAUUAGUAAUGCAUUUUAAGUUUCAUGGAGAAUCCUAUCCUUGUUUCUAAUCUUGGGGGGAUAAUUUAGCUGGUUAUAUAGCGAACGAGAUUUAUAGGGAAAGUUGAUUGAAUGAGUGGUGUAAGACUUUGAAUUAGUUCAAUAGUUCGUAUGCAGCUCGAGAUUUUUAAAUACAUAGGUGCAGGAAGAUCCCUAAAAGUAGUCGUCGUUUUAGUCGAUGGAACUUUAUCACCCGAAUAUGAUUAUGCUCAAGGAUUAGGCGUUCUAAGGUUUCGUGCGAUGGUAAAAGAACUUUGAAAAUGUCGGUUUCAUCGGUUGAUAGUAUGGCAUCGUUGAGCAGCGAUCUUUGCUAUGACAUAUUAAGGCGCCUCGAUGGUGCUAAUUUGGCCAUUGCAGCCUGUACUUGUGCUGCGUUCUCGUCUAUCUCGAAAGAAGAGAGGCUGUGGGAAGACGUAUGCUCUUCCAUGUGGCCUUCGACGAACAGGAAUGAUGUAAAAAAUUUGAUUUCUUCUGUCGGUGGGCUUAAAAAGUUUUACGCCGAUUGUUUCCCCCUCAUAGUUAACAAAGAUGUGCCCGAGUUUCACUGCAACGACUACUACGAUUACCCUCAGGAAUGGACGGAAGCUGAUUACUACGGUGACGAGGACGAAGUCGAAAACAUUUCACCAUCCGAUUUCGUGUCGAUUGUGGAUAUCCGAUAUAGAGAGAAGACAAUUUGUUCGAAAGUCGUCUGGGGCAUUCCCUACGCGAACGGUUCUAGUGGUUGGUUCUACAAUUGCCCUUUCCGUCUCGAUCUCCUUGCAAAUUCCGAGCAAGAAGCAGACGACGUCGUGCUCUCGCUGUCCGACGGCCUGCCUCCGAGAUGGUCGAUUGAUCGAGAGAGAAAAGACGGGAAGCUCUGGCACGAGCUUCGCGACGGAAUCAGGCUCAGCUGGAUUCUCGUCAACAAGAAGACGAAAAGGGCCGCGAACCUCUCGAGCUGGAGCCCGAUCGGAGGGCAGAGACAUUGGCCCACGGACAACGACUUCUUGAUGCGAUUCGGCUCGAUUCUCCCCGCGAAAGACAUUCUGCCGUGCCAAGUGGUGGAGUGCAUCCUUAUCAUGAAGUUCAAAGUGGUCGCAUCCGACAACAGUUUGACGUCUCUCAAACUGACGGAGCUAAGCAUGCAGCUCGGAGACAUGGAGGGCUCUCACGUCAACGGGAGGAACAGUUUGCUCGUUCUGAGGGAGGCGCUCAACUGCCCGAGGAGCAAGAACUACAGCGAGGCGCUCGAGUCGUGCCAGUUGUAUUCGAGAGUGCAGAGCGAGCUAAAGGAGGAGAAGAUGAGAUAUGAGAACAGGUUAGAUACAAUGUGGAUUUUGGGAAGUAUUGCUGCUUGUGCUACAUUUUGUUUAUACUGUUUGUGAAUAUAUGUAUGUAUAGUUUGUAAUUUCAUCUUUUCCCUUAGCAAGCUAUGGUUUCUUGAAAGAGUUGAUGAUCAAAUGUAGCAAUGUGUUUUUGGUUU